AGUGUUUUUGUUAGUUGAGGGCGACAACAAACUCCACGGAUUACAAUCAGCAGGAACUGUGCUUGUUACCACACCUGUGCCGUGCUCGUGACUUUGCUCUUUUGUGCGUGCGCGCUCCCGGCGAAGUUUCUCUCCAAACAGGUUCGGCCGGUAGACACACCUGCGUCAGGAGGAAAAAGGAAGUAUUGUUGAGCGCCUUCUUCAUUCUUUGUCUGACCUCUGCGGACGACGGACGCUUCGAGAGACGCUUUUAAUUGUUUUUAAAGUUUAUUCUUUUGGAAACGAUCACUAUGAAGGGUUUCAUCCUCCUGGCCCUGGCUGUCUUUGCAGCUUUGCAAACCGUUAAAUCUGCCUGUAGUCCAUGUAGAACAAUGAAAUGGGUCAACUGUGACGGUGCCCCAUGUACAUGUCAAAUCACCCUUGAUGACUCAAACAGACCAGCCAUCGACUGUGAAAAAUUGGUCUCAAAGUGCUUUCUGAUGAAGGCUGAGAUGUACAGAAGAAAAAUGGGUCAAGACGUCCGUACUAACAUCGGUGGAAAGCCACAUGAAGACGCCAUUAUGGACAACGACGGUAUCUACAACCCAGACUGUGAGAAUGAUGGUAAAUUCAAGGCCAAGCAGUGCAACAACACAGAGGAGUGCUGGUGCGUCAACAGCGCUGGUGUUCGCAGAACCGACAAGGGCGAUAAGAACAUGAACUGCUCCAAGCUGGUGGAGACAUACAUGAUUCGUCUUGAGCUGACACACAAAGAACUUGAGUCUAACAAUAAAGUGAAUGUACAAGCUCUGGAAAAUUCCGUAAAAAACCUCCUUCAAACCCGUUACCAGGUCGACGGGAGUCUGGUUAAAAAUGUUCAGUAUGACCCUGAUGGUCGCUACAUUGUGAUCGACAUAGAGAAGGAGAAAGGAGACCGUACCACUAACCUUGGCAACAUGGCCUACUACAUGGAGAAAGAUCUGAAGGUCUCCCCUCUGUUCAACAACCAGACCAAGGUCCAGCUCAAUGGGGGCAGCCAGAAACUGGACCUGAAUAAGAUUGUGGUGUACUACGUAGAUGAGGAGCGUCCAACUAUCACCAUGCAGUACCUGACUGGUGGCAUCAUUGCCGUCAUUGUGGUCGUGGUGCUGGUUGUGGUCUUAGGCCUUCUGGCUCUGUUCUUCAUUAAUCGGAAACGGCAGCAGCGCUACAGCAAGACUCAGCAAAGGGAGCAGUCCUAAAUAUAAAGCAGCAGGAAGUCUAUGGAGAGGGAGAGUGCCAUUUUGUUUUUAGUCUUUAUUCGAGAAACUGAGAUUUGUUUCCAGAAAACUUUUCUUUUUUUUUUCUCUCUCUUAUGGUUGCCUGUUUAUUUAUAACAUGUGGAAACUCUUGGCACAAUAUGUAUCUGAUCAUGACUUUUUUUUUUUUUUUCUUUUUUGAAAAUGUGGUUGAUGUAAUGCAUUUU